UUACCCAGCCCCUGAGAUGGGAUCCCUCUACGAAUGCAGCAUGCUGUGCUCUUGCCCCCGCUCCUGCCCCAACCGGGUGGUGCAAAGCGGUCUCCGAACCCAGCUCCAACUUUACAGGACAGCUGCCAAGGGAUGGGGGGUGCGCACGAUGCAGGACGUGCCCCGUGGAGCCUUCCUCUGCCAGUACUUUGGGGAGCUAAUCUCCAACACUGAAGCUGCACGCCGAGAGGAAGACACCUACUAUUUUGUGGUGGACCUACAGGAUGGGAAACAGUGCUGCCUCGAUGGGCGCUACUAUGGCAAUGUGGGGCGCUUCCUAAAUCACUCAUGUCAACCCAACUUGGUGGCCCUACAGGUUGCCCUGGGAUAUGAGAUCCCUGGCAUUGCCUUUUUCAGCACACGGGCCAUCCAGGCUGGUGAAGAACUUGGGUAGGUAGACUUGGUUCAGAUCCAGUUGCUGUAGCAACUGAGAGAGCCAAAGGCCUCCCCCAAAGACUAUGUUAUGGCUGACCAGGAAAGGCGCUCCCAGGGUUUGUACAAC